GGAGCGCGCAGCACGGCGAUCACCGAUGCGCUGUGUCCCUCGGACACAUCGGAUCACGGAAACAGCCGAAGAUGUCGGCUCGGUCAUGUGAUCAGCUAUGUCCAAUCACAGCUGAUCACAUGGCACUGAUGAUCAGUGUGGCCUCAGAAGUGCCACCUGUCAGUGUCCAUCAGUGCCAGCAGUCAGUGCUCAUCAGUGCCAGUGCCCAUCAGUGCCACAUAUCAGUGCACAUCAAUGCCACAUAUCAGUGCCCAUCUGAGCUGCCUUUCAAUGUCACCUAUCAGUGCCACCUAUCAAUGCCAAUCAGUGCCACCUAUCAGUGCCGCCUAUCAGUGCCAGUCAGUGCCGCCCAUCAGUGCGCAUCAGUGCCGCCCAUCAGUGCCAGUCAGUGCCGCCUAUCAGUGCCAGUCAGUGCCGCCUAACAGUGCCAUAUAUCAGUGUCAUGUAUCAGUGCUGCCUUUCAGUGCCCAUCAGUG